UGCGGCGGCGGCGGCAGCGAGUAGAGCAGACGGUGGGGGAGGGUCACGUGUGUACACAGUGUGGGGCUCAGCGGCUCUCCAGCAGUAGUAAAAAGUCUGCGUCGGACGGCCCCCUUUUUCAGAACAAGCCUCGUCCAAGAAGUUGAGUGGAUGUGAAGCAGAGUUGAGAGUCCAAAUGCGAUAAAAACAACUCCUUUGGCUGCGGCAGGACUACUAGACUAACCCGGAGCGUGUGCUUUUCCAGGAUCUCACCCACUUAGGAGCCGUGUUGUCAAAUGCAAGGAACGAGAAAUGUCCGUGAAAAUGCUACAUCCCAACUCAAUGCCUCCGUAGGUUUGUCACCGAGCCAAGUCCAUACGAUUCUGCUGACCUGUUGAGCUUGCUUGACCGGUGUCAGAGGCCAGCGAUGUGGAUCUGCAUGGUUUACAAUGAAACCGACACCAGCGUGGACUUUCACCUCUGUGAGAACUUUAGCCUUAUUCUGUCGGUCUCCUCGCUCAUCUACCUCCUGGUCUGCUUCCCACUGGGCCUGUGCUACAACAUGCUGCUGGUCGCAGUCAACCUCUCCAACAAGGUCUCCAUGACCAUGCCAGAUGUCUAUUUUGUCAACAUGGCCAUCGCGGGUCUGGUUCUUAAUGUGGUCGCACCCAUUGAGCUGCUGAGCCCCACCUUCACCCGCUGGAAUGUUUGGGAGUACAACAACGAGAUCUACAUCACCCUGCUCAUCCUGUUCAACAUCUCAUCCCUGGUCAUCAUGUAUUCCACCACGCUGCUCAGUCUGGACUACUACAUAGAGCGUGCGCUGCCUCGCACUUACAUGUCCAGCGUGUAUAAUACCAAACAUGUGUGCGGCUUUAUCUGGGGCGGCGCGGUACUCACCAGCUUUUCCUCGCUGCUUUUUUAUGUGUGCAAUCACAUUUCCACCAAGAUGGUUGAGUGUUCAAAAAUGCAGAACAAGGAAGCCGCGGAUGCCAUUAUGAUGUUUAUUGGCUUUGUAGUUCCGGCUGUGGCUGUUCUUUAUGCCUUUGUGCUCAUUUUGCGCAUCAGGAAGGAGUCCACCCCUCUGGACCAAGACUCUGCUCGCUUGGACCCUUCUAUCCACAGGCUGCUACUAGCCUCAGUCUGUGUACAGUUUGUACUCUGGACCCCAUACUAUAUGACCCUUUUGGUACACACUGUGGCUGGUGCACCGGGAUACCUUAGCAAUCCACAAUACUUACCCACCUAUUAUUUCUUUAGGUGUGUGUCGAAGUUGUUGGCCUUCUUCAGCAGUUUUGCCAUGCCGCUCAUGUACAGACAGAUGAAUAAAAACUUCUCCAACAAGCUCCAACGGCUCCUCCGGCGGCUGCACUGCAGAGAUCAACCGUGCGCUCAUGAACGCUCGACAGUUCAGCAAGUAGUGUCAUGAGGACGCCCAACUCUUAAAGGCUACUCUGCAAGGCCUGGUCAGCACUUAUUCACCAUGUUCCUCACCAGAGACAGAAUCAAACUGUUUUGCCUUGGUGCUACGAACUGAGUUAAUUGACAAAGCUAACUCUCUUGUCUCCUUAAAAAAUGGUAUCUAAUCUGCAUUGAGUGAACUGAAAAAAAAAAAAACCAAACACCUAGAGCUGCUUUUUUUGUCCUAGAUACAAGUCUUCCUGUAUCAGGGUGAAAAAUUUGGCUCAACCCGUUCACACUAGUGACAAUGUAUACAUUCGUAAGAAGGUGCGGUUAUUGAGACUCUCUCUCAAGCACUGUUCCUUUCGCUUUGGCUGUUGUGUGUUCAUGCAUGACUUCCCAAUACUACUGUAAAGUUCCAAUAUGCUAGAGGAAUACACAAGCUGAACAAGGGCUAUCACUUUUUUUUUUUUUUUUAAAUCGUAAAAAAUCUCCCCAACCCACAUUCAGAAGAAACUCCACAGCACAACAUUUUGUGAGCACUAUUACAGCUUACCUACAGUUCUGAAACACUCUAGAACUCCAGAGACCUAAACAUGUGUGCACAGGAUGAGCUAACAGGCAAUAACACCUACCUAAGUUCUCAUUGUAUAUUUGCCAAUUUGGCAUGCCAAAAAAAAAAAAA